CUGCGGUCGGACGGGAGAAACUCGCCCGCGGAGCAGCUUUGAGGAACUGCCGCACUUUGCGCCCGAGCGCAGGGGGCCACCCGGCCGAGCCCAGGGCAGCGGCGCCACGCUUCUCCCCAGCCCGGCUCUGCGGGUCCCGCGCGCGGCGUCCGCGCCCGGGUCUCCCCGCGUCCCGGCCGCGCGGGCCCGGGGGGCACAGGGCGGUGCCGGCGGCGCUCCGGAAGCCGGGUUCUGCCCUCACGCCCACCCAGACCGACAGUUCUGCGUGCCAGUGUUUUCCUCGCCUUUUUAAGUUUAAAGGAGGGACGGCGUGCCCCAAAUGCUGCAGGGAAGGGCCCUGCCUCCGCGAGGAACCGUUGGCGGUGAGACCAGCUCGGAAGUAAGACGUUGCCAUCACAGGUUGGGGCUCGGCUACAUUUCCAGAACCAUCUAGUCAAGAUGGUAGACACAGAAAGCCCGAUUUGCCCCCUCUCCCCACUCGAGGCUGAUGAUCUGGAAAGCCCAUUAUCUGAAGAAUUUCUACAAGAAAUGGGAAACAUCCAAGAGAUUUCUCAAUCCAUUGGUGAGGACAGUUCUGGAAGCUUUAGUUUUACAGAAUACCAGUAUUUAGGAAGUGGCCCAGGAUCUGAUGGAUCUGUUAUUACAGACACCCUCUCACCAGCUUCGAGCCCCUCAUCGGUCACUUACCCGGUGGCUCCCGGUAGUGUUGAUGAACCUUCCAGCAUAGCCUUGAACAUUGAAUGUAGAAUCUGUGGGGACAAAGCCUCAGGCUACCAUUACGGAGUUCACGCGUGUGAAGGCUGCAAGGGUUUCUUCCGGAGAACCAUCCGGCUGAAGUUGGCCUAUGACAAAUGUGACCGCAGCUGCAAGAUUCAGAAAAAGAACCGGAAUAAGUGCCAAUACUGUCGUUUCCACAAGUGCCUUUCGGUCGGGAUGUCCCAUAACGCAAUUCGCUUUGGACGCAUGCCAAGAUCUGAAAAAGCAAAACUGAAAGCGGAAAUUCUCACCUGUGAACAUGACCCAGAAGAUGCAGAAACGGCAGAUCUGAAGUCCCUCGCCAAGAGAAUUUACGAGGCCUACCUCAAGAACUUCAACAUGAACAAGGUCAAGGCCCGGGUCAUCCUCGCGGGGAAGGCCAGCAAUAACCCGCCCUUUGUCAUACACGACAUGGAGACAUUGUGUAUGGCUGAGAAGACUCUGGUGGCCAAGUUGGUGGCCAACGGCAUCCAGAACAAGGAGGCGGAAGUCCGCAUCUUCCACUGCUGCCAGUGCACGUCCGUGGAGACCGUCACCGAGCUCACCGAGUUCGCCAAGUCCAUCCCUGGCUUCGCCAACUUGGACUUGAAUGAUCAGGUCACUUUGCUGAAAUACGGAGUUUAUGAGGCCAUAUUUGCCAUGCUGUCUUCUGUGAUGAAUAAAGACGGGAUGCUGGUAGCAUAUGGAAAUGGUUUUAUAACUCGUGAAUUCCUAAAGAGCCUAAGGAAACCGUUUUGUGAUAUCAUGGAACCUAAGUUUGAUUUUGCAAUGAAGUUCAACGCGCUAGAGCUGGACGACAGUGAUAUCUCCCUUUUUGUGGCUGCUAUAAUUUGCUGUGGAGAUCGUCCCGGCCUUCUAAACGUGGGACACAUUGAAAAAAUGCAGGAGGGCAUUGUGCACGUGCUCAAACUUCACUUGCAGACCAACCACCCAGACAACACCUUCCUCUUCCCAAAACUCCUUCAAAAAAUGGCAGACCUCCGGCAGCUCGUCACAGAGCACGCGCAGCUCGUGCAGGUCAUCAAAAAGACGGAGUCUGACGCCGCCCUGCACCCGCUGCUGCAAGAAAUCUACAGGGACAUGUACUGAGGGCUUGAAAGUGAAACACACAAGCCACGUGCCAAGGACUUCUAAAGUCAACAGCACUACAGAUGGGAAACGGGAGCAACAUGGCUUUGCACAAAUUCCACCAUUUUCACCUCAGAGAAUGGGACGGAUGAGCCCUAGGUAACCGGAACCCUAGACCACAUUUCUUUCUUUUUCACACCAGUACUUCUGAGAACGUGCAAAGUAUUAAAAUGCUGGUGACAGGUAGCUGAUAGGCAGUUCUUAGAAAAUUAAGGGGAAUGAUGCCCAGCGGUCUGAUUUUAACUCACCUGAUAUUAAUCGAUGCAGAUUUCUUGAUAUCACAUGAGUAACAUAGCGCUGAAUUAACUGGUGACCU